GACAUAUCAAACCAUCAGUCACAUUGCUCCCUUACAGAGAUAAUUACUGUCUCUCUGUCUCAAUCUGCAGCUGUUUCUCCUUUGUAAAAUAUAUUUUAUUAUUUCUUCUUUUUUUUUGCCAUCAGUGACGAGUUUUUCAGCACACGAGGAGAAAGAAGAUUUUUGUAAGAAGCUGAACUGUGGAGGAACGCAGACUGUUUGUCUUUGUCAGGAUGAAAUCAGCUGGAGUUUCUCUUGUCUUGGUGUCUCUUAUCGUCUUUCACUCUGAAACAUGUUCAGGUUAUCGAGAUUAUAACCAUGAAUCAUGGCCAGAGCAAGUCCGGCACACCUCAGGGAUCGAACAGGUCCGGCAAACCUCAGGGAUCGAACAGGUCCGGCAGACCUCAGGGAUCGAACAGAUCCAGCAGAUCCCAAACAUCGAACAGAUCACAAAGACCUCAGAGAUCCCACAGUUAUCAACCCCAACCCCAGCUCCAACCCCACUGGUUACCAGCCCCGCCCCCACAGCUCCUCAAACACCUAAGAACGACGAGUUUCUGGGUUCACCUGAGUGUCUAGAAAAGAAGUUUACUCGUGCGUCAUGUGACCUGGUGUUCUGUCCUCCAUGGCAGCGGUGCAUCGAAGGACAAUGCUCCUGUAAACCACCCUACCUGUGUCCCGCUGAGAAUGUGACCGCAGUUUGUGGGCAGGACAAUAGAAACUACCGCUCCUACUGCCAGGUGAUGGCUUACUCAUGUCUGACCAAGAAACCCGCCAUGUCCCACUUUGGAAAAAAUUGCGGAGCCUCUUACCCCAAGUACAGUAGUUCAAUUGACCGGGAGACGGGAGUUAUCCGGGUCUCCAUUCCUGAUGACCGCUCUGGAGUUGCGGAGGAGUUCCUGGUGUGUAAGAAGAUUUGGAACAUGGCAACAGCUAACGUGGUCUGCAAGGAACAUGGGAAUUCACUUGGUGCAUUGAGUGUUGAUUUCACGUCAUACCAGACGCUGUUAACCUACCAUCCCAAAAACCAGCUUCCAGGCAACUGUGUUAGCAUCCACUGCCAAGGUUAUGAGUCCUCCCUGGCUGAGUGUGUAAUCUACAACAAGAUCCGGAUUGGCGGCAGGAACGUCGCUACGGUAACCUGUUAUGACACAUCCCGAGAACCAAAAGAGGAAAAGUGUGGCUUCACCUGUGCAAACUCAAAGUGUGUGGCUCUGAGCCAGACUUGUGAUGGAAUCGAUGACUGUGGCGACCGCAGUGACGAGAUGUGCUGCAAAAGUUGCAGGAACAAUGCUUUCCUCUGCAAGACGGGUGUGUGUGUGCAUCUGGAUGCAGUCGACGACGGACAGAUUGACUGUCUGGCUGGCGAGGACGAAUCAGAGAAACACACCAUGGAACUCAAGUCGAGCGCGACACACCAACCACCCAAGAACUCAGAAUACAUCUCUCCAAAAACAGAAAUGAUCAACGACAGGCGUUUUCUGGAGUCCCAGUUGUACUGCGGGAUUCCCAAUGCGACCACAGUGGACGAUGAGGAGGUGGAGGACCGAGUAAGCCACGGCCGAUACAAGAGAGUGGUGGGAGGAAUCCCAGCAAAACCGACUCAGAUCCAGUGGCAGAUUGCUCUGGAGGAGAACCGCAAGAUCGACUGUGGAGGCGCUUACAUCGGAGGGUGCUGGGUACUCACUGCUGCUCACUGCGUCAGACCCCACCCGUCUGCAUUCAAGGUGAAGUUCUCUCUCUGGAAGAAGUCUCGAGCUCAGAACACGACUGACAUCGUUCCUGUUGAAGAAAUUCGCAUCCACCCAAAGUACAACGCCAACACCUAUGAGAACGACAUCGCUCUGGUGUUGCUGAAGAAGCUUCCAUUCACAGACAUAUGUCUGGAGGACAACCCGGCCGUCAGCGCUGUCUGCAUUCCCUGGUCCACCCAGCUCUUUCAGCCCAACCACACCUGCAGCAUCUCUGGAUGGGGACGAACUGCAAGUGGCAGAUCAGCUCAGGUGUUGCUCUGGGCCAAGGUGUCCCUCAUCGCAGACUGCCAGAGGUUUUACAAAGAUCGCUACAAACCCGGCAUGAUGUGCGCAGGUGAUCUGGAGGGCAGUGUGGACUCGUGUCAGGGGGACAGUGGAGGUCCGCUGGUCUGUGAAGACGAACUGGGGGUUUCAUACCUGUGGGGCCUCGUCAGCUGGGGAGAGAGGUGUGGAGCGCCGGGAUUCCCUGGAGUUUAUACGCAGGUCGCUCAUUACUUUGAGUGGAUCAGACGUCAAACAGGGUGGCCUGCAGUCACCAAGUUCAACUCCUGAUAAGGCCAACACACACACACACAUACACACACACACUGCUACACACAGAAGUGUUAAGAGUCAAGCUGUUUUCAUUUUAAAAACUCACAUACUUUAAUGGCCCAUGAUUUGUUUACUGAUUUUAUCAAAAUGACAUUUUUUGUUCAAUAAAAUAUUUUUCCGUG